AACUUGGACACACUGCUAGAAUUUUCGAAACAUGUUGUUAUCCAAUAUACUUAUCUCUCAAUUUGUUGACUAUGUGUUGAUAACAUAUCUAACUGUACAAAAUAAAAAUAAUAAUUAAGAAGUGUGAACGCAUUUUCUACUAGUGUUAGUACAUGUCGGAUACCAAAGCCGACACUGGGAGGUUGUCAGUGUGUAUCCUAGCUGUUCCCCAAGGCUAUCCUCAUAGUAGUUCCUCCCUCUAGAAUUUUGACAUUCGAGGAUUUGAUCCAUUUCUUCCCUUUUCUUUAUUUCAUCUUAUAAUUUGGUAAUAAAAGAAGCACUUCUCCCUUCGACUCUGGAUUGACCUAAAUUCCUAGUAUACCAUGGAUCUUUUGAGGGGAUCAUUUAUGUGUACAAGACAGACGCGAGGAAAAAAUAGUAAUGUUUUUCUUUAUUACAAUGCAAACAAUGAGGGUGAACUACUAUAAAUGCUUUGGUCGUUUUAUGAUUAUUUAUUGUUCUCGAAAGUAGACAUUACAUUAGGGUACAAUCUUUAACAUUUUUACUUUUACACGUUCUGCAGUAACAACGCAAGCCUUGGAGGAGGCUCCUCGCAACAUGCAAUGUGAGAACAACUUUCUGAUUCGGAGUUUAAUCUUGUGUUCUGGUGCAACCAAAGAAGAUGUUGAAAUACUGUUCGAUGAGGAAGGACAUCGUAGUCAAAAUGGCCUACUGAAUGCAGAUUACAUUUUUCCUCCCCAAGUUAAGUCAGUAGUUCCUGAUGGAAUAGUAGCAUGGCUAAUCAUUGCCGUGCUUGCCAUAACUUUCUGGUAUCUCAUGAAAAAGACGUUGCUGCUCAUCUGGUAUUCAUCUUUAGUUUUAAAACUUUUAUUUGCAACACUCUAUGACAACAAAUCAUGUCCAAUUGAAUUACAAGCUGCAUUUUCCUGGUUGUUCUGUCGAUUCUGCUCUAUUAUAUGACAAACUUUUGUCUGAAUGAUCUUCUCUUGAGGAAUUCUUUGCAUUAUAUAAAAAAUGUAUUACCUCAUACAACUAUGGUAUCAAUCUAAAUAUAGUAGAUGUAAUCAACGUAAAUAUGGUAAAUACAAUUAUAUACAUAAUUAUGUUAAGUAAUAAUCUUCGUCAAUCUCCAUGACAUCUGUCGAUCUCAUUGACAAUAUCUAUUUGAGCUGAUGAGGUCACAGGUGGGCGUUGCAUUUUUAAAUUUAAACCAACCUGACUAAAAAAUUGGGUAGAAACACCUUAUAUAUGAACUUAAAUUUAGUCUUCAAUGCAUUCCCUUCAAGUACAUGGCAGACGGCUAGAGUCGUAUAUAAAAUUUUUAUAAAUAGGCAGCGAUGAGAUUUGUUCAUACAAUACUAUGCUGAACCAGAUCGAGUACAUUUAUUUAUUGACAUAGUUUUCAACAGCUUGAUUUUUAACUCUUGUUCUGGUGAAUGCAAAAGAGCAUUUUCAAUUAAACAA